AUGCCUUCCCAGGGAUCGUCUCGCGACCCGGUCAACAAUGACUCAAUAGCCACAACAAGUGGACCUAAGCCUGUAAAGGACUAUGCCCAACGGAUUCACCAAAGAGACGCACUGGUGGCGCUCAACGAGGUGAUUAGAAACCUCAUCAAGGAGCGAAGCGUAAUCGAGAACAGCAUAUUUCACCAGCGUGCCGUUCUCAACGAUCAAAUCGCACGCCUCUCUGCCACAGAUGAGAACAUCCAGACCCUGCAGAAGGUGUGGGAUGAUAUGGCAGCCGGGUUUGGACACCCGUCCCACAAGUAA